AUUCAGGCCAAGAGUUCCAACCAACACAGAGAGCUCUCCUCUUAAGACCUCUCCCUUCUCUCCGCCAGGAGUCUAGGGUUAGAGAGAAAGAGUGAGCGAAGAGCAAAAACAACCUCUAGCCCCACUGUUGAUUUAAUUUGCCAGCAGGCUUGUUGUCAACUUCAUAUCUAUCUCAUUUACCUUCAAUAUCUUCGUAUCACAAUGGCUGGCCUAUCCAUGGAGCACCCUUGGGCAUUCGCCUUCGGCCUACUAGGCAACAUCAUCUCUUUCACGAGCCUCCUGGCCCCGAUACCAACAUUCUACCGGAUCUUCAAGAGCAAAUCCACGGAGGGGUUCCAGUCGGUGCCCUACGUCGUGGCCCUGUUCAGCGCGAUGCUGUGGAUCUUUUACGCGCUAGUGAAGACCGGUGAGGGCCUCCUCAUCACCAUCAACGCUGCCGGCUGCGUCAUCGAGACCAUCUACAUCGUCAUGUACCUCGUCUACGCCCCCAGGAAGGCCAAGAUUUUCACAGCCAAGAUCGUCCUCCUACUCAACAUCGCCGGUUUUGGGCUCAUCUUUCUCCUCACUGUCUUCGCCUUCCAAGGCGAGACCCGCGUCAUCUCGCUUGGCUGGAUCUGCGUCGGCUUCUCCGUCUGUGUCUUCGUCGCGCCGCUCAGCAUCAUCGGUCGUGUCAUCAAGACCAAGAGUGUGGAGUACAUGCCCUUCUCCCUCUCCCUCACGCUCACCCUCAGCGCCAUCGUCUGGUUCCUCUACGGCCUGCUCAUCAAGGACAAAUACGUCGCGCUCCCAAACAUCCUUGGCUUCACCUUCGGGAUGAUCCAGAUGGUCCUCUACAUGUUCUACAUGAACGCGACGCCCGUGGUGACAAGCGAUGUGAAGGAGGUGAAGGAGGCAUGGAAGGUGCCUGCAGAGGACCAAGUCGUCGUGAUCAACGUCGGCAAGGCCGACAAGAGCUCGUGCGCUGAGGUGCGCCCGGUCACUGAGAUGGCUAGCGCCGUGGACGUCCCCAGGAGAUGCGCUGCUGAGGCGGCGGCGCCGAGGCAGCAAGUGAUGGCGGUGGACUUUGCCCGCUCUGUCGAGGUGGUCUAGAUGCAGCCACGCAUGGCUCAUGCAUGAGUCAUGCAAGCUUUAAUAUUCGUACAACCUUUCUGGAGGGUAUGCAGGGCUCUAGAUUCCCGCAUGCGGGGUAUGCGAUGCCUUUGUUCUGUUAUAUCAACGUGUUGAUAAUAUGAGGCAUAAACCAUGUAUCUGCAGUGUAUAGUGCAGGUGCCAGUAUUGUUGCCCAUCUGAAGUUUCCUGAGAAAUUUAUUUUGUAAACUA